AGAGGGGGUAAGGAUGCCUUCACGUUCUCGGCGCGCAUUUGACACUACCCAGUCGUGAAAUGAGAGAAGCAGGUGGGAGGAAGACAGGCUGCAGUUUCCUAACUAGGGCCGGUACCUAACGUAAUUACGAGUCCGCUCUUUUAGCAGUUCGUGAGGGUGGUCCGGAGGUAGUGUUUGGUGGGAGCCGGGAGCUCCAUCUUUGAAUAAAAACCACCGGUAGUGUGGCAUAAUGAGGGUGAAAGAGUGAAGGAGGAAAGCACCUCAUCAGAACGCUGACAGAAGUGUGGAGGCCGAGCGAGGAUGCUGGAGGCCGAGGCAGAGCCGGCAUGUGCAGCCGCUGAGGGGGACGGCGAGGCCGAGAUGGGCAGCCGGGACCUGAAGGCUGAGGUGAUGCGGCUGACUCUGGAGCUUCAAGAGGCCACGGAUGAAAAGCUUCAGGCGGCCCGCUAUGGACUGGUGGUACUGGAGGAAAGCUCUGCCCUAAAGGUGAAACACAGACAUCUGGAAGAGGAGCAUGAAGCCUUGAAAUUGGAGCUACAGCAGCUCAAAGAGUGUCGGGAGGAGAGCCUGCUCCAGGAGACUGCCACGAAAGAGGCUGCCAUGGCAACCCGCCUGGAGGAAGUUCAGGCAGAGCUCAAACAAGCACGCCUUGCUCUGAGCAACGCCCACGCGGAGAUCGAUAGACUGGGCGUCGUCUCCACCCAGUUAAAGAAGGAGUGUGAGUGUCUGGAUGCAGAGAAAGGCCAUAUGAGGGAUGAAAUGAAGGAAUACAAAGUACGUGAGCUGCGCCAGUUGCAGGACAACGGCGAGCUGGAAGAAGAGAACACAUCUUUGCAGAAGCAAGUGUCUGUGCUCAAGGAAAACCAGGUUGAGUUUGAAUCAAUCAAGCUGGAGCUGAGCCAAAAGAACGAGGAGCAGGAGGAGCUACGGGGCCAGCUGGACGAGGCGGCCAGGCUGAGGGAGAUCGCAGAGAGGCAGCUGGAUGAGGCCCUUGAGGCCCUGAAUGAGGAGAGGGAGCAGAAGAACAGUCUGCGUAGAGAGCUCUCUGCCUUGACCCUUAACCCCUUCGACUCUGUGGGCAACCUGGAGCUCCACUUGGAGCAGCUGGAUGACAGCCAGGUGGAGGGUCAGGGCGGAGAGGGCGAGGAAGAGAACCAGGACAGCGGUUACAACAACGGUCCCGGCUCUGCUCCCGGCUCCGCUCGCCCUCCUCACCCAGGCGGCCCCAAAAGCAAUGGCCUCAUCCAGCGCUUCUCCACGCCGCGCAACAGCGACGUCUUCCUGCGCGCCCCCGCCUCGGGGCUGGUGUCGGACCUGCUGAGUGAGCUCCACUUUUCAGACAGCCAGAAGCUGAAACAGCAGCUCCUGCAGGCAGAGCGAGAGAAGUCCGGUCUGGCCAGCAAAGUGGAGGAACUCCAGAUGCAGCUGGUCAUGUCCAAACAGGCUCUCAGCCAGCAACAAGACAAGGUGGGCUCCCUCACCCAGCAGCUGGAGGCCGUGCACAGCAGCCGCCGUCAGAGCCAGGAAGAGGAGGGCGGCGGGGAUGACGAGGCAGAACCAGGAGAGGACGCAGUCUUCGACUACGAGGUGGACACCAAGAGCAAGGAGGUGCUGGAGGCCCGAAUGCGCGCCGCCAGCGAAGAGCUCCUGAAGCUGCGGGACGAGCUGUCUCAGGCGGGCGCCCGGUACAACACGCUGGAGCAGAGGUACAAGCAGGAGAAGGACCGCUGGAGAGCCGAGGCCCAGGAGCUGGCCGAUAAAAUCCGCCAGUGCAUCAAGUCCAGCAAGCAGGACCAGGAGCGCAUCACGGAGCUGGAGAAGGAGAUCGGAGCCACACGGAAAGUGGCCACGGACUCCGAGGGCCACCUGAGCGUCGCCCAAGAGGAGCUGCUGGCCUUCUCCGAGGAGCUGUCCAACCUUUACCACCACAUCUGCGUGUGCAACAACCUGACGCCCAAGCGGGUCACCCUGGACUAUUACAGGGACGGCGCCCGGGCGAGCAGCGCCCGCAGGUCGCACCACGCUUUCCCGCAGAGCAAGGCGCGGGCCAACGAAAUGUUCAUCUCCAAGGCCGCCGCGCUGCAGUUCAUGGGGGAGGUGGACAGCGCCGGAGCCAGCGGAGACUCCCCCACCUGCCCCGGGUCGCCCACCCUGGACUUCAGGGACCCGUCCAACGUCCGCAACUUGGUCGCCGUCAUCCGCUGCCAGAUCAAACACCUCCGGACCGCUAAUGUUCUUGAGAAACUCACGCUGCUGCACGAAAUCCAGCGCGUGCCGCAGAUCGGCCGACACGUGGCCGUGGACCUCUGCCGUCAGAGGGGCGCCAUGCCGUACUCCGGCCUCAGCAGUAGCGGAGAAUCGGAGCGGGAUGCGGAAAGCCUCCUGGAAGAAGUCCUGAAACUGAAGUCUCUUCUCAGCACCAAGAGAGAGCAGAUUGCCACCCUCAGAACUGUCCUGAAGGCUAACAAACAGACCGCCGAGUUGGCGCUGUCCAAUUUGAAAACCAAGUAUGAGACGGAGAAGAGCCUGGUGUCGGAGACCAUGAUGAAACUCCGGAAUGAGCUCAAGGCUCUGAAAGAGGACGCCGCCACCUUCUCAUCUCUGAGAGUCAUGUUUGCCAGUCGUACACCCCGUGGAACAUCCACCAGUUCACGUGAAGAUUAUGAGCCACAUGCUCGGCCCCGUGCUGAAGGGGGACGGAGGUGUGACCAGUACGUCACGCAGCUGGAUGAGAUGCAGAGGCAGCUGGCGGCGGCCGAGGACGAGAAGAAAACCCUCAACUCCCUGCUGCGCAUGGCCAUCCAGCAGAAGCUGGCCCUCACCCAGCGCCUGGAGGACCUGGAGGUCCCCCAGUCCCCGCACAGCUUGAACAGCAGCCCCCGCCGCUCUCGGGCCAAGGAGCUCGCCACGAAGUCGGGCCGGGCGCCCCGCAGCCCCCGGAACAGCCCCGCCCGCCCGGCGGCCCGCAGCAGCCCGCGGGCCAGCCCGGUCCUGGGCAGCAGCGUCCCCUCCAUGGCCACCCACCACCUGCGGGCCCUCACCAGAAGUCUCCACACCAGCCCCGUAAGAACCCCUCCCUCUCUCUGUCCCGACAGCUCCUCUCACACCAGCGCCCGCCCCCACAGAGGCAGGGCUCUGCCCCGGGACGCCACCUUCAUUAGAAGCCGCAGCGUCGGCGGCUUUUUUAACGAAAGGCCCGGCUCUCUGCGUAAAAACCCCGCCGGUUCUUUCAGCGGCGGGGCAGAGUUUACAGCAAACGCAAGAGAUCCGAAAAGGGGCGCUCCGGGCCGGCGGGCGUCCGUCCCCCUGCGCCAGGACACCUUCAUCACCGCCCCCGCGGCGCCGGUCUCGUCCUCAUCCGCUGAUAGUCUAACCUCUGCUAACGCUUUGCGUGUGUGUCCUAACACGUCGCCGGCGCGGGCCGACGGCCAGCACAAACCUGGCGCCAAACCCCACUGGGACGCGUCAGUGAGGAGGAAACAGCUGACGCGCAGGUCUCAGUCUGUACAGGCGGCGGCUGCAUGCUCUCACACGCCCCCGCCCAGCACUAACACGGCGCUCUGCGUUCACGUCCCGGCCGGUAAAACCGGGAUGAGGGGAGCCUGCAGAGAGCCCCCAAGCAGAUCUGCCACCUCUGCCUAUAGAGCCACAGAGGAGGGGCAGAGCUAUGUCAGUAAGGGCUCCGCUCAUAGGGGGCAGACUAGCUCCAGGGCUCACAGCUCCCACUCCAAAUCCUCUCGCAGGCGCUAA